CUCUCUCUCUCACUCGUUCAAUCUUUCUUUCUUUCUCUCUAUUUGUUGCAGGUGUGUAACAAGGUGAUGGGGCCUGCGGCUUGGGUCGUGUGACAGGGAGGCUCGACUCUUGGGUCUACGGCGUGGCUGUCUUCCUCCGUCUCAUCUACCACAACUUCCCUCCCCAUGUUUCGCCGACUCCGACGGAGAUUGACUUGCAGAGCAAUGGUCCAGCAAGCUGUACAGGGAGGAGCUCCAGCUGCUUACGCCCAAGAAAUGGAGAGGCUAACCGCUAAAGAAUCCCUUCUUCUUGCUGUCGCCAUUCUUGGAGGGUCGGUGGGAUUUUUUUCAGGGCUGAUGUCUUCCACGCAGUAGUUGAGUCCAUGCAAUGAGGCGAUCCAGCUUGGGUUGGUUAUAUAUAUGCCUUCUUAAUCUUUUCUGGAGUGCCUUAUGUUGACUGGUUCAAAUGGGAUGGUGCUAAACACCCCCUUUCAAAUGCACCUGAACCCAAGAGAUGCUUCACUCGUUCAAAGAGCGAAGAUAAAAUGGUUGUUCGCUAUUGUCGGGCUAUUCGUAAGGGGUUGAUUAAAUUUGAUGAGCCUAAAGAAGAACCAUCUGUCUACCUCUUGUGGGGAGAUGAAUCCAACUCUAACGAAAAGUCUGGGCAUUUAGCUUAUAUUCCUGCGCCGAAGCCGAAAUUGCCAGGGGAUGCUCAACUAGUGAAAUGGGCCAUGAGAUUGAGGGUGGCUUUGCAUCUGACACAAGCUCUGGAGUACUGUAGCAGCAAAGGGCGUGCAUUGUAUCACGAUCUCAAUGCCUACAGGGUUUUAUUUGAUCAGGAGACCAACUAUGUUCCGAUUACGAGAGGAAACAGAGUUGUCCUAAUGAUUAACGGGUAGUCAUCCACCACCCAAGAUUCCUGUUUCAGUCCCUCCAUAUCGUUC